ACUCGCCUUGCCGCUAUGCCCUGGUCGCAGCUCCUCGUCCCGCCUCACGUAGCGAUGGAUCAUGUGCUGGAGGUACCGUGGACGUGCUGUGGCAGUUCGGUCGUGUUCCCCGCCACCAUGGACCUGGAGUUCUACGGCGACCAACACAAGCCUGCCGCCAGGAUGUCCGCCACCAAGAAGGUGAAGUUCUCGCUAGAGCUGCCUGGAGUAGUGAAGCAGGAGCCUGUGGACGCCUCCUAUGACGCCCCUGCUGACCCUCACUGUGUGCCCUCCGCCGCCGGCCGCCCCCAGCAGGCCAUGCAGAAAGUGCCCGACAUCACCGAGUUGUCUGACCCCGAGUCUUCCCUAGACCGCACUCUUCACGCCCCUGGUUCUUGCGUUGACCAGAUUCCGUGAAGGGAUGUUCAGGGUUCAUGUAUCUCGGCGCCCAGGAUUGUGGAGGGACCGAAGUGGCCUGGUCCGCCAUGACUUCCAAGGUGAUCACGUCACCGCCCGAAGUAGUGCCGACCCCACCCCCGCGCCCCGACCUCGCCCUCCUGCAGCAGGAUUAAGGGGAAGAAGAGGGGAGCGAUGCUAAUAGAAAUAAUCAAAGGAAGCACAGAAUGGUUAUGCGAUAAAAAAAAAAAAAAUGUAUAUAUAAAAGUGUUGGGAAGCUUACACAGAUUUGGGAGAUAAAAAGAAGUUUAACAUGUGGAUGAAAUAAAAACCCACCUUGAAAAUAAUAGGAAAAAACAUUUUAUUUGCUUUGAUUAACCUUGAGAUGCACAUAACUACUUUUUUUCUUAUCCUGAAGGGGAGGGGCACGUCUAGAAGAAUUUGGUCGAUACGUGAACAAUAAUGCGAAAGUUGUAUUGAUGGAGCAAGGCCAGCCAGUCCUUGCUCCAUCCCAGUGUAGACUUUUCCCCGUGUGUUGGAGUCUACUACAGGCACUUUCCUCCACACUUGAAGGCAGGACACGCCAAGUGACACACCAGGCACAGAGGGAGUGUUCUGGCUUGCAUCAGGCAGCGGCCCAUGUUUCGAGACACUUUGGUCCCUCAUUAGGGCUGUUUUCGAAGACAGAUGAUGACUGGUCGAGUUCUCACGCUCGGUUAUUUUUCUCGCUCACUGACGGUGCAGAACCAUUCGGUGGCGAAAAGACAUGAGUGGUGGUGGCAAAUAAGAGAUACUUUUGUUUAUCUAUUUAUAUAUUUUUUGCUCCGUCUUUGUUUCUUAUUUGUGUGAGGGUCUGGACGAGACAGGAAUUCAUUAUAACGUUCCCUCCCCCGCCACCUCUCUC